GCGAGAUGAGAGAAGGGGGGGGGAUUAUAUGUGGAAUUGGGAUAGCGGUGAGGAUCGGUUGCUGAACAGUAUAAAACCUGGCACGCUGGGCCCGGUUCCCAGCACGCGCUGCUCCCCACGAAUGAGAUCGGAGCUUUUCCAAAAUUAAAAAAUUAAAAAAAAGAGAAGGGGGGAGGGAGAGAGAGUGAGAAAGGCGAUACGGUGUCGUCCUGACCACUGACUGACCUCGGCUAUGGCGUCGACAACAUUACAUGCAACGUUGUCUUUUCCACGUGUCAAAUGGGCAGCUGUCCUGGAUAAGGGAUGGCAGAAAGGCGUAGAUGAUGUCGAUCCUGAUGGGCUCGUGAUUGGUAGAAAAAAGAAACCAGAUAACGUUAGAUUGCAAAUCCAUCAACAUCUCACACGUGGCACGAGGUCGUCGCUUUCGUGUGAUGACAGAAAGGCCUUCACUUCGACUCAGGUAACCUGGGAGGAAGCCACACGCGGCAUCUCCUUCUCUUGGCUAUGGGUGAAUGGGGAAGAUCACAUCACCUGUAGAACGUGCAGGGGCACAUGGAGGAGGAGAAGGAGGAGGAGGAGUAGAAAGGGCUCGAGAGACCUUACGAGUCAGUUUGGGAAAGGGAAGCAGAACCAACGGCCCAGAUCGACGUGGAAAAGUCCUCCGUCGAUGUGCUAGUGCAUCGGAUUGGGCGGGAGAUGAAGAGGACGGGCAGUUAGCAGAUCAUCUUCAUCAUUGGGGGUGGCAGGUACAGUACACUGACGAGGAGCGCGGGGCACCAGGAGAACAAGACAAUGCGCACGAGAGUUAUGCUAUUUCCUCGUCGUCGGCAUACCAAAAGCAUGGGGAGAACGAGCGUGAAAGGAGGAGGAGGAGGAGGAGGCAUCCCGACAGUCCGAGCGUUGUGUGCAACCAGCCUCCAAGGGGAACAGAAGAAUGGCCAGAAGAGGCGGCGGGUUAUGACGAUGGCGAUGAUGGUAGCGGCCCUGAUGAGGCGUAUGUUGAUGGAUUGGAUGCCGAUGAUGUGGAAAUAGGUUUGGAGGAAGAUGAAGAUCGUGAUGCUGGUGAUGGGGCGAAUGUGUGCGGUGAAGAUGACAUGACAGCGGAUAUGAACGAGGGGGAUCCAGAAGAUGGGUCAGGUCUUCCCGCCAAAACUCCCCACAUGGAGACCAACCUUGAGGAGGAGGAAACCGACAAAAAAGUAGAUGACAGCGACCCUGACGAGAAUGGAUCAAGCCUUCCCGCGAAAACUCCCGAGAUGGGCAAAGAGGUUGAGGACGAGGAGGAAAACGACAAAGGAGAUGGCAACGGCGACGAAGAGAAAGAGCAGAUUGGUGUGAAAGCAGCAGUCACAUUAUUGAGAUUUUAUAAGAGGGAGAUAUCUCCUUGGAUCCCUGGGAGUUGUCGGUACGUGCCAACGUGUCUGAGUCUUGAGAGUCCAUUCUUAUGGGCCGUCGAUAGCGAGGGUGACGGUGAAAAGCGGCGUUUUGAAAGUGGCCUUGAACAGAACCUUUCGGGUGGGCAGGGAGCAGAUGGAAUGACACAAGGCCAGAAAGGUAUUGGGAUGACGCUGGAGGCGGGGCAGGCACAGGGUGAUGAGAAGAAGGAUGGCGAUUGGAUAGUGCAGCAAGCCAAAGAGAAGAGGAGAACAACGAGGAAAGCGGCAGCUAUUGCGCGUGCUCAGUUUUCGAACCGAACAAGUGAUGUGCUGACAGUUGUUAAUGCUCCGAAAGUAUAUGAGAAGGCGGAGAAAAGGGAGUUCUGCACGGCAGCUUUCCAUCACUUGAAGACAAUGAAGGAAAUGGUUAUGCUCCGUAAGCAGCUUGUGAAGAUUGCUGUGCGGCAAUGGGAGCAACAGAAGGAAGACGACGAUUGCACAGAUGCAGCAGUUUGGCUGGAUAUGCGAGGACCUAGAACUUGAAGGCACAUUGGACACAAAGGCGAAGACAUCGUCAGGAGAGCAAUCUGUGCCGGUUGGGCAGACCGUGUGGCAAGACGUUUACAUGUGGGGAAAAAUGUGAAGCGUGAUUUGAACGGUGGAGAGGAGGAGGCACACAAUAGGCGAGGGUACGGUAUCAAGCAUGUUCCUUAGAUGAGACAGCAUAUUUGCACCCAUCAUCAUCAGUUGCAAAGGAGGCCCCUGAUUCGGUAGUGUACAGUGACAUCAUGGUCACGUCAAGACCGUACGUGAGGGGAGUGACUGCGGUGAUUUCAAGAUGGCUUGCGACAGAGGCACCGGCAAUGUGCACAUUUCC